AUAUCUUUCUCGAAAGCGUAAGCGCGUAAAACUUUCCUUCCAAACUCAACUACUAAUAUGAUACCUCCUAUGUAUGUAUCAUUCUGAACCAACCUCAUUUCCCAAAAACUCAAUUCCAUUGAUCUUUCUCUUGCACAUAAAACAACAUGAACACCAACAGCGAAAACACCACCCAGAAGAACCAGCCGGUUCCAGAAGCACAAGGUGUGGCAUCAUCUUCAUCGUCUUCUCCGCCCAGCUUUAGCACCGAGAAUUGGGGAACUCACAUUAUGGGCACCCCAGCUGUUCCCAGCAGCCACCCAGAUAACAAAAAAGCAGCUUUACAGAGCGGUGGUUCCGGCGGACAACCUCUGCCAGUUCAAUACUACCAACAACAUCCGUACGUCCAACACAGCCCUGUGGAGAAACCCAGCAACAGUCCCAUGGAGUCCAUCCUUCACAUGUUCGAUACGUGGAGUAAAAAGGCUGAAGCAACUGCCCACAACGUCUGGCACAACCUUAGAACUGGUCCAUCAGUGUCUUCAGCUGCACUGGGGAAGAUGAAUCUGACUGUGAAAGCAAUAUCAGAGGGUGGAUUUGAGUCCCUUUACAAGCAAACAUUCUCAACCUAUCAAAAUGAGAAGCUCAAGAAGAGCUUUGCUUGUUAUCUUUCAACUUCAACAGGUCCUGUUGCAGGAACCCUUUAUCUGUCCAAUAUUCAUGUAGCCUUUUGCAGUGAUCGCCCAUUGUCUUUCACCGCACCAUCUGGCCAGGAAACUUGGACCUACUACAAGGUAAUGGUGCCUCUGGCGAAGGUUGGAACAGUCAACCCAGUGGUCAUGAGAGAGAACCCAUCGGAAAAGUACAUUCAGAUUGUGACUGUGGAUGGACAUGAUUUUUGGUUCAUGGGUUUUGUAAAUUUUGACAAAGCAGUGAAGAACCUCUCAGAAGGUAUCUCACAGUUUGUAGUGCCAGGAGUGGCUGUGCCAGCCACUGGUUCCGGAGAAAAUGGAAAGAACUUUCAGUGAUUUCUGUAUUGAAUUAUUUUCGUGAAUAAUUCUGCUUAAAUUUUUUUGUAGUGCAUUGGACCAAUACUUUAUUGUAAAUUUUUGUAUGAGUAUAUGCUGCUAUAGAUUUCAUAAUA